AGAGUCGUUCUCAGAGUUUCUUCUUAACACGUUUGUUCUUUAAUUAUAGUUAAAUAGACUAUUUAUUUUAAACAUUAAUUUACACAUUUACCUGACUUUUAUGUUCACCGCUGUUUACGCUUUGUUUUCUUAUUUUUAACACUUUUAAUUCCGAGGGAAGUUAGAUAAAGUUAGCCUAGACAUUGAUGAGCCAUGGGUUCCGUGUUGCCUGCCGAAGCCUUGGUGUUGAAAUCUGGAUUUAAGCCUCAGACCUUCUCCCUGUCAGAGAUUAUCACGUCUGACAUCCUACACAGCUUCUUGUAUGGCCGCUGGAGGAACGUGCUGAGUGAGAACCUGCUCGAGGACAAGACCAGCCCUGCGUGCCCAAAAACCGCCUUCACCGCCGAGGUGCUAGCGCAGUCUUUCUCCGGAGAGGUCCAGAAGUUGUCCAGUCUGGUUCUGCCCAGUGAGGUGAUCAUUGCCCAGAGCUCCAUCCCAGGCGAGGGGCUGGGGAUCUUCUCAAAGAGCUGGAUCAAGGCUGGAACCGAGAUGGGACCUUUCACGGGUCGGGUCAUCUCACCAGAACACGUGGACCUCUUCAAGAACAACAACCUCAUGUGGGAGGUCUUUAAUGAGGACGGAACUGUGCGCUACUUCAUUGACGCCAGCCAGGAGGAUCAACGCAGCUGGAUGACCUACAUCAAGUGUGCCCGCAACGAGCAGGAGCAGAAUCUGGAGGUGGUGCAGGUCGGGAGCAGCAUCUUCUACAAGGCCGUGGAGACUAUCCCUCCAGACCAGGAGCUGCUUGUGUGGUACGGAAACUCACAGAACACCUUCCUGGGGAUCCCAGGUGUGCCGGGCAUAGAGGAAGAACAGCCGAAAAAAAACAAAAAUGAUGAACUGUUACUGUGCGACGGCUCGUCCGCCGCGGCCCUGGCCGCGGCCGCCCGCAUGCGCUGUGUCAUCUGUCACCGCGGCUUCAACUCACGCAGCAACCUGCGCUCGCACAUGCGCAUCCACACGCUGGACAAGCCCUUCGUGUGCCGCUUCUGCAACCGCCGCUUCAGCCAGUCGUCCACGCUGCGCAACCACGUGCGCUUGCACACCGGCGAGCGGCCCUACAAGUGCCACGUGUGCAUGAGCGCCUACUCACAGCUGGCAGGCCUGCGCGCCCACCAGAAGAGCGCCCGCCACCGGCCAACAGGGGGAAGCAGUGUCAACGGCGCAGUAGUGGGCAUCCAGACGCACUCCCCUCCGCCGCCACAGAUGGCGCCAGUGCCACAUCCGGCCUCUCUAGUGCAUCAUAUCCCCACUAUGGUUCUGUAGAAAACGAACACACUCAAAUACACACACUCACAUACACAUACACUUGCAUGGACACACACUUUCUGGUUCUGUGACAGUCCAGUUGAUGGACGAAGCUGAGGAGCACGUCAGAACAAGUACAAAAAAGAGAAUAUAUAAAGUUUGGUCAGGGCUCCUUUUGGAAUGGAGAUUCUAAGCUGAAGGGACUUCCAGGUUACUUAUUAUUUGAUGUCCUUCCUGGUUACCCAUGAUUCAUGUCUUAGUUUACCCCAUGUCAUUGAACGCAUCACCUCUUUAUUCAGUGUAGGUCAGACUUGUCAGAUUUUACAUAAAGAGUGUGCUAUAUUACUAUAUAGUCUUUUGGUCAGAUGUUUGGAUUUUCGGAAUGCCAUUACCACAUAUGCAUGAGGAGACCCAGGCAGUACCAAUAGCCUGAUCACUUUCUAUUUCCUUCUUGUGAUAUAAAGAUGAAGGUUUUUAAGACGGUAUUUAUGUUUGCAUGUAAUCUGCACAACGGCUCCUGUCUUUGCGGAGGGUACAGAUUUCUGCAACUGUAUUUAAUCCCUAUGUAUUUAUCAAGCAUCAGGUUUAUAUCUGCGACUUGUGUAAAGAACAGCCACUGUGAACUGGCCUACUGUUUCUACUCUUCCUGACUUUUCCCAGGACAAAACGCCAUUCCCAGGAGGAGUGAGGCCCCCUAGUGACAGUUUUGUGUCAUUACCUCCCUGUCAGGGACCAUUGAGAUUGAUAGUAUGUAAAUAAUCUAUAGAAUAUGUAAAAGUAUUGUAAAUAAUAAUAAAUUUAAAGAUGUGUUCCACUUCUUAAAAUACUGAGCAGUCACUUUAUCUGUGUAUGUACGUAUGUAAAACUUCUAAGUCAGAUUACAAAUACUUGAUCUAUAUAUGACGUAAACUGUUUGCAGAUACUAAAGACUUUGUAUUUCCUUCUUGUCUCCUAAAUAAAUGAUUGAAAUAUUAA